CUUCUUCGGUGCCACGUCAAGUGACGGAAACGGGAGGCGGAUUGGGCUCGGGCUCGGGGGCGGAGGCGGAGGAGCUGUAGUAGAGACGUAUCCGGGAGUCUGUCGUUAGAAAGAGAAACGCGUUGAGAGCGAGAGACCGAGCGACCUCUGCAACUGUACACGAGAUUUCACCCUGCGAACAUGGAGACUGGUAAACUGGUUCAGAGGCUAGCUGAGGCUGGCCAGUCUCAUCUGCUGCAGUUCUGGGACCAGCUGAGUCCGGACCAACAAGCAGAGCUGGGUCCAGAGCUUGAGGCUAUGAACUUCCAGGAGAUCAACACCUUCUUUAAGAAAGCCAUGGAGACCUCUGAUCAGACCACGCAAGAGAAGGUGGACAGCAGGAUGGAGGCAGUGCCGCGUGAUGUUCUUGGCAGCGUGACACGUGAUCACGAGUCUAUCGAAGCGUGGAGAGACGAAGGUCUGCGAUGUAUAUCUCAGAAUAAAGUGGCAGUUUUGCUCCUGGCUGGAGGUCAGGGAACCAGACUUGGGGUCAUGUACCCUAAAGGCAUGUAUGACGUCGGCCUGCCCUCGCACAAAACCCUGUUUCAGAUCCAGGCCGAGCGUAUCAUCAGACUGGAGCAGCUCGCAAAGCAGGAGCAUGGCACCGAGUGCUGCAUCCCAUGGUACAUUAUGACGAGCGGCAGAACAAUAGAGGCCACUGAAAAUUUCUUUUCCAAGCACAAGUACUUUGGCCUGAAGAAAGAGAACAUCAUAUUCUUCCAGCAAGGCAUGCUUCCUGCCAUGGACUUCAACGGCAAGAUCAUACUCGAAGGCAAAGGCAAACUCUCCAUGGCUCCAGAUGGCAAUGGAGGACUUUACAGAGCGCUGGGGGUGUAUAAGAUCGUGGAGGACAUGGAGAGAAGAGGAAUCGGCUACAUCCACAUCUACUGCGUGGACAACAUCCUGGUGAAGGUGGCCGAUCCUGCGUUCAUUGGGUUUUGUGUGCAUAAGGGAGCGGACUGCGGUGCCAAGGUGGUGGAGAAAACCAAUCCGACCGAGGCAGUGGGUGUGGUCUGUAAGGUCGAUGGGCGGUACCAAGUAGUAGAGUACAGCGAGAUCACAAUGGCGACAGCCGAGAAGCGCAGCGCCGACGGUCGACUCAUGUUUAACGCCGGCAACGUGGCCAAUCAUUUCUUCACCCUUUCGUUCCUCAGAGACAUUGUCAAUACCCAUGAGCCUCAGCUACAGCACCAUGUGGCUCGGAAGAAAAUCCCCUACGUGGACACACGAGGCGAGCGGGUCAACCCCGACAAACCCAACGGAAUCAAGAUGGAAAAAUUUGUGUUUGACAUCUUCCAGUUUGCCAAGAGGUUUGUGGUGUACGAGGUGCUGAGAGAGGAUGAGUUUUCUCCGCUGAAGAAUGCGGACAGUCAGGAUGGGAAAGACAAUCCCACAACUGCACGCUAUGCCCUCAUGUCCCUGCACCACCGCUGGAUCCUCAAAGCAGGCGGUCAUUUCAUAGAUGAGAACGGAACCCCCGUGCCUGCUAUACCCAGACCUGGACCAGCAGGGGCACUCACACCUGAUGGCAGCCAGAAUCUGAAGGAUGGAACUGACCUUCCAAUCAAAUGUGAGAUCUCGCCGCUCGUGUCCUAUGGAGGAGAGGGACUGGAGAAACUGGUGAGGGGUAAAGAAUUCCACCCAGCGCUGAUCAUCGACGAGAAUGGAAUCCACGAGCAUGUGAAAAACGGACUGUGAGCCGCAAACUCGACAUCCGAAGACCACACGGAAGCCGUUUCCCCUCCUUCCUCCCUCUUCCUAUCAGGCUGGGAGUAAAUGUGACAUUCUAGUGCAAUAAGAUGAAGGAAAAAGGCCUUCAGGGGCCUCAUGUAAUCCAAAUCAAUCUAUUUAUUUUUCAAAACGUAUUUUUAUAUAAAUGCUUGUUUUUGUCUUCGAAUAGGAACAUGCAUGGUAAUUAAUUUAUAUGAAUGUGUUUACUAGAAGAAUGAAUGUAAUGUUAUAUAAUGUCAUUAGAAUGGUACAUUGGUUAAUCUGUAUGAUGAUCAGGACCAGGGCUUUUUUUUUUUUUUUUUUUUUUUUUUAUAAAAUCCAGCCUUUGUUCAUACCACAAAACACGUAGACAUUCCUCAGGACCCUGAGAAACUGAAAUUCAAUAGCGGAUGCUUUCUAUACCACAUUCUACACCUUCACAGCACCACACACAUUACGCAGUGUACGUACUUUGCGUUAUACAAUGAAGAGCGGAUAGUAAUGAAUAGCAGUAAAACACUUUAUGAAGACUUUACUUGAUGAACAUGUUCAUGAACAAAUCGAACAGAACGGAGACGAAUCAAUUUCUAAGAUACUGUAACUAAUGUCAAUAUUUUCAACAAAAAAAAAAAAGUAAAAUAAAUACUUUCUAAAUUGUUUAUGAAAA